GCAACGCUAUUUCACUAUUAUACAUCCUGUGGCGGUGAAUGUUCUCUGUGGCUUCAUGGCCCAGCAUCCUGAGAGGGAUGCACUAGACUGCACUGCAUUUCCUCACUCUGUUAGUGACACAGUCUACAGCAGGCUACUAGAGUAACAGCGAAAGCGAACUAUACACAAGGGUUACUCAAAAUGGACAAAAUACAGUUGACUUUUCCCUGUCUGACUGUCCUUUUGGGUCUCGUCCUGGCUUCUACCACUACAGCCCAGACACAGCCAGUCAAUACCACUGUAACCCAGCCCACCUCAGCCUCCAACCCAGCCAACAACACAGCCACUCCAGGACACACCACGGUUGUAGACAACAAUAAUUUUACAUUAUCCGCCAUAAACCCAAACCUUACUGAUCUCAUUUUUGAUAACGUCCCUAUAACCAAUUCCACCGGGAGGCUUAACCACACGGUAACCACACCACUGAAGACCAGUUCAGAUGCCUCUCCAGGACCGACAUCCUGGCCCUCACCAAUGGACGUCUCUACAUCAAAGCCCCCAGCAGAGGCCAGCAGCACAACUGCUAGCACUUCUGCUACUAGCACCACCAAGAAUAGAAGUUUGGCGGGAACUGCUCAACCAAAACCCUCUGCGAGAAAAUCGCCCCACAUUGGAUUGAUCAUCUUUCUUGUGCUCAUCAUCGCUGCCUGUGUGCUUGGAGCAGCAUGCUUCUUUACUAAGAAUGCAUCAAGGAGGUACUCCGUAGAUCUCCGAGACAGGCAUGAGGAUCUGCCUCUGAGUACUGCGGAUCCCGACGCCGUGUUUGACAACUCCUCAACACAGAAGGGGAUGGACACCUUUACCGCCGUGGAUCUCAACAGCACCGAGGUCCUGGUUAAGGGAAGUGAGGGAGAAAGAGCAGAUAGUGAAAAAAUCUCUGACUACCCACCUCCUGCCAGCCCUGUGGACGAACCUGAUGAUGGGGCCCCUGGAGAUGUGGCCCCUGAGGCCCCAGUGGGGGAGACUGAUGACGAGAACACUGUCUCCAAUAAGACCUCAAUGGAGUCAGUGGAGGCCAACAAGAACAACAACAACAACACCAGCAUCACCGCCAGGAUCGCUUCAACAACUCCAAGAGGACGGGCCAUGACCAGCAGCUUCUCUGAGGUUCCUCUGGACAACCCGGCCUAAAAGAGAUCCUCCUUUAUCUGCAGCCCCUUCACAACCACGCCGGUGUCCCCAUCCAACAAAAUGGGUUGUUUUAGCAUUCCUGUCCACUCCUCCUGGGUCGAACCUACUCUCCGGGCCUCUGGGCCUACUGUGAUCAGAGACUUGGUGAAAGAUGGACAUUCACCUGCUGGUAUCGCCUCAAGCAUCAGCUCCAACCUCCAACAUUCCUUCCUCAGGCCCAAACUGACGAGUCACACCACGGCUUAAUAUGCCUGUGUCUUUCAGUGUGUUAGUCAUCUCAGUUGGGGGACUUUUCUCCCCACUCUCCAGGUGUAAGAACAGUUUACUUUAAAUGAACGCUUUAGGUAUGUUACACUUCUGCCACUAUUGCUACAUUUUGCUGUGUGUUUAUGGUGGUUUUAAAAUGGGGAUGUUUGAUAGUGAAAUGUGACUAGUUGAGAAAUAGUAAUGCAAGUUGACGCAGGGCUGUGCAUAUUCAUGACUAUGAUGAAUUUGGCUUUUGUUGUUGUUAAUGUAAUGCACUAUGUUUAUAUUGCACAUAAACCUAUUAGAUGAAACACUGUAACUUUAUAUGAACUUGCGGUCGUGUUCUUCCUCAGCAAGCUUUCCCAUUGAUAUUAACAACUGCAUACUAAAUAUGUAGUAAAUCGCUGCAUUGCUUUGACCUAAAAGCUAUUACGAUUAGCUAUUAAACUUUUCAGCACUUAACCUUUCAGUUGUUAAUCUGUCAGAUCAAACAGGUUUUGCUUCCCUAGUUAUUUUCUCUCAUUGGUUAUUUUGCGGUUUUACAUGCCCAUACUAAUAGGUAGGUAAUUAGCUUAGACACAUGCAUUGCCCUUUCAUUCAAAGUGUUUCCAAAAACGUCUUUAUGGACAAAAAUGUCUUUAUGACUAAAUGGACAAUUACAGUUCUAUUGUAUUCUACCAUGCAGUGUAGGAAUAUUGACUGCAUGGAACAGGUAGUUUAGAGGAGACUAUUGGGAUGACGAGUGGACGUUUCCAAAAGGCCAGAUCUGCUUUACUGCACGCUGUAAAAGCCCAGAGGAGAUGGAAAGAGCGGUGAUAAAUUGUCAUGUUUGAAACUUUCCCUCUGUGAUGUCAUAAAGCAAUAAUAAAACAGGUAUAUAGUAUAAAUAUAAUAGUAAUAUAGUUUAUAUAAUAGUAUAAUAUAACGUUUAGGACAGAAAGGAUUUCGGAUUUCACUUAGUUUCCACCUGUUUUUAGAGGGGGGUAAAGGUGAAGGUAGUAAACAGGUUUAUGCAGGUUGUAGGUAAUGAGACUGAAAACCGGUUGAGGUUUUGGUCUAUUACUAUCCGUUAACAAAAUGAUAGGUGGAAACUUACCUCCGCUACAGUUCAAACACUUGACUCCUAGGCCUUACUACAAUGUGAGCAAUCUAAUCAAUUGUAAUCACUACUUUUGUAACCCAGCAUUUGAGCUCUUGUUCAGAGACCAGAUUGAGGAGGUGGUAGUCUCUCGCUGGACUCAGGUUAGCCUUAGUAGCAUUUCCCCCAGAGUCACUAAAUCCCCAGUGGAAUGUCAAGCCUUUCAGUGACUAGGUUUCUCCUUCACUAUAGUAACUUCCUAACUGGGGGUUCUCUCCACACAGAUCCAUAUCUGUUCCUAUAUGGCUCAACUUUAGCUCAGUUUAGCCCAGCCAGAGCUGUGCGAGAGCUCACCUGUCCUGCAAUAUGCAAUCAGACCCUUAGUAAUCACAUAAGCUCUGCAAUAUGCAAUCAGCCUCUUAGUAAUCACAUAAAGCUGUUCUCUGUUACCUGGUCUCCUUUUUAUUGCAUGCAUUUGAGAUUACCGGGGGGUCACAUUUGAAAGUGCAAUGGCAGGAUAUAAGAGCUGUGAGGAUGAGACACUCCUACAGCAUGGUCAGUUUCCAUUGUUUUGGUGAUGUACUCCACUCCAUAGAUAUCCAAUAAGCAUCUGUUAGCUGCCUUCAAUUCUUAUUUGGGUAUGUAGGAGUUGUAUGUAUGAAAUCUGUACACGCAGCUUUUUGUCAAUCUAAAAGUUAAUCUAGUCGAAGUCAUCAAUGGCUUUUUAAGGAGUUGAACCACCUCAACUCCACGGUCUUCACACCUAGGGGGCAUACACCGGAUCGAAGAAUCCAUAAAAGGGUCAUCAUAAAUCAAUUCAAUAGUUUUUUUUCCCCCAUGUCCGGUAUCCUGUCCCGCAAACAGAUGUUUCAGCACAGGUGUCAAAGGUCAGAGGCCACGUAAACAUGGUCAAAGCAGAAGGUAUGGCAGGGGGUUACAGUUGAUGAGAGCCAGGAUAGUGGUGUCACAGGAUGACUAAGGACACAACUUUCCAGGAAAAUCCAGCCAGGUAGAAAUAUAGAUGGAGAAAACUGAGGAGAAAGUUAAAAAGCCCUGAAAGGUGGCCCAGUUUGAUCUCCCCAUCGUGACGCUCCAUCAAUUACAAAGCAGGAUUAGCAAAGGUUGAAGCUAAGUGCUUUACAGAUGAAUAACUGUUCUGCACAACAAAAUGAAUCAUUUGAAUCGUAAGUGACCCAAUGACUUCAUGCUGACUUCCACAUUGCUUUCUUUGUGUUCUUUAGACUGAAGAAAUUCAUCGGAAACGCCUGAAAACAAAGUAUUUCUUUCAAUUCAUAUAUAUAGGCUAGUUGGUUAAGUUUAUGUUUUCUCUGUCUAUAAACAAUUUAGCUAAGAAGAUAGCAGUGUUGGUUCAUGAUCCAGGGGAAAUUAAAGUGAUACUGUUAUAUAGCUUCGCUAUGACAAAGAAACAGCUGGGAGAGGUGUAAUAGGAAAUAUGUCUUUAGGGAGAAACAGCUGGGAGAGGUGAAAUAGGAAAUAUGUCUUUAGGGAGAAACAGCUGGGAGAGGUAUAAUAGGAAGUAUGUCUUUAGGGAGAAACAGCUGGGAGAGGUGUAAUAGGAAAUAUGUCUUUAGGGAGAAACAGCUGGGAGAGGUGUAAUAGGAAGUAUGUCUUUAGGGAGAAACAGCUGGGAGAGGUGUAAUAGGAAGUAUGUCUUUAGGGAGAAACAGCUGGGAGAGGUAUAAUAGGAAGUAUGUCUUUAGGGAGAAACAGCUGGGAGAGGUGUAAUAGGAAAUAUGUCUUUAGGGAGAAACAGCUGGGAGAGGUGUAAUAGGAAAUAUGUCUUUAGGGAGAAACAGCUGGGAGAGGUGUAAUAGGAAGUAUGUCUUUAGGGAGAAACAGCUGGGAGAGGUGUAAUAGGAAAUAUGUCUUUAGGGAGAAACAGCUGGGAGAGGUGUAAUAGGAAGUAUGUCUUUAGGGAGAAACAGCUGGGAGAGGUGUAAUAGGAAGUAUGUCUUUAGGGAGAAACAGCUGGUAGAGGUGUAAUAGGAAGUAUGUCUUUAGGGAGAAACAGCUGGGAGAGGUGUAAUAGGAAAUAUGUCUUUAGGGAGAAACAGCUGGGAGAGGUGUAAUAGGAAGUAUGUCUUUAGGGAGAAACAGCUGGGAGAGGUGUAAUAGGAAGUAUGUCUUUAGGGAGAAACAGCUGGGAGAGGUGUAAUAGGAAGUAUGUCUUUAGGGAGAAACAGCUGGGAGAGGUGUAAUAGGAAAUAUGUCUUUAUGGAGAAACAGCUGGUAGAGGUAUAAUAGGAAGUAUGUCUUUAGCGAGAAACAGCUGGGAGAGGUGUAAUAGGAAGUAUGUCUUUAGGGAGAAACAGCUGGGAGAGGUGUAAUAGGAAGUAUGUCUUUAGGGAGAAACAGCUGGGAGAGGUGUAAUAGGAAGUAUGUCUUUAGGGAGAAACAGAUGGGAGAGGUGUAAUAGGAAGUAUGUCUUUAGGGAGAAACAGCUGGGAGAGGUGUAAUAGGAAGUAUGUCUUUAGGGAGAAACAGCUGGGAGAGGUGUAAUAGGAAAUAUGUCUUUAGGGAGAAACAGCUGGGAGAGGUGUAAUAGGAAGUAUGUCUUUAGGGAGAAACAGCUGGGAGAGGUGUAAUAGGAAGUAUGUCUUUAGGGAGAAACAGCUGGGAGAGGUGUAAUAGGAAGUAUGUCUUUAGGGAGAAACAGCUGGGAGAGGUGUAAUAGGAAAUAUGUCUUUAUGGAGAAACAGCUGGUAGAGGUGUAAUAGGAAGUAUGUCUUUAGCGAGAAACAGCUGGGAGAGGUGUAAUAGGAAGUAUGUCUUUAGGGAGAAACAGCUGGGAGAGGUGUAAUAGGAAGUAUGUCUUUAGGGAGAAACAGCUGGGAGAGGUGUAAUAGGAAGUAUGUCUUUAGGGAGAAACAGAUGGGAGAGGUGUAAUAGGAAGUAUGUCUUUAGGGAGAAACAGCUGGGAGAGGUGUAAUAGGAAGUAUGUCUUUAGGGAGAAACAGCUGGGAGAGGUGUAAUAGGAAGUAUGUCUUUAGGGAGAAACAGCUGGGAGAGGUGUAAUAGGAAGUAUGUCUUUAGGGAGAAACAGCUGGGAGAGGUGUAAUAGGAAGUAUGUCUUUAGGGAGAAACAGAUGGGAGAGGUGUAAUAGGAAGUAUGUCUUUAGGGAGAAACAGCUGGGAGAGGUGUAAUAGGAAGUAUGUCUUUAGGGAGAAACAGCUGGGAGAGGUGUAAUAGGAAGUAUGUCUUUAGGGAGAAACAGCUGGGAGAGGUGGGACAUGGGCAACAACUGCAAACUAUUUCCUUUAAAGGAUAGUUUAUCCUCUUUCUACACACUCAUUCACAAACAUCCCAAUGUAGUGUGUCACAAUAUUUUUUAAGUCUGAAAUCUUGACACAAAUAAAAUGUAAAAAGCUAAGUUGUCUAGAAGCCGUUUCAAUAAAUAAUGCUCUGUCUAGAA